AUGACGUCGUACGAGUCGGACGACGCGUCGAGCACCGGCGCCAACGGCAACGAGGAGGUCGAGUUCAACUUCGACCUGCCGCAGUUCGAGAUCACGCCCGGCGAGGAGUCGCCCGGCACGUCGUUCUCGUACGAGGCCGGCCACUCCAUUUCCGGCCACGAGCAGAACAUGCGCCUCCAGCAGCAGCUCCAGCAGUCUCGUCCGGUGUCGACGCAGGCCCAGGCCCAGUUCGCGAUCCCGCAGCCGCCUCAGCAGCAUCAGCAGCACCAGCAGAGCAUGGGCUACUUCGAGCCGUCGGCCUUCUACGACUUCGUGUCGCCCGACCUCGAGAUGCCGCUCUCGGCCAUCAACCAGGUCAACCUCGCCGAGGACUUUGGCUGGAGCGUGCCCUCCAUGCCCUCGGCCGUCGUCGUCGACAACUGCGCGUCGGCCUACCACCACCAGCAGCAGGCCCACUACUACCAGCAACAGCAACAGCAGCCGGUCCACUCCUAUCUUCUGGCCGACCAGCUGCCCGCCACCCAGUGCUCCGAUCUCGCCGAGUGGGUGGCGCACUACUGCAACUAA